CUUGAAACUUCCGGCGUGACUUGUCUCCGUCUAAGGCAUUUUUAGAUGUAAAUAAGGCGAACACUAAAGGUCUCUUCCCAGACGUCCGGAUUGUAUCGAAGAGGUAACAAUACGAAAUUCAGAGGCAAUGAAGCUUAUUAUAGCGAUCUCUUUUGCCCUGUUUACUUUAGCCAACUGCGUUUGCAUUCAAAAAGAAGAAGGAGGGCCAGUCCAUUGCUGUGAUCAGAGAGAACAUGGCGGUUCCUUGCGAUGUUGCGCGGGGCGAAACAGCAGUUGCGGCAUGGAGAAUUUUGUUCACAGCGCUCUGUGUUUUUGCGAUGAAUUCUGUGAAGCCGCUGGGGACUGCUGUCCGGAUUUCGAGAGCGUAAAAGAGCCAUGUGGAUGGGGAAAGCGUAAGUCAGAAUAUUGAAAUGUUUUGUGCUUUCUUUGUACCGGCGUUUAGAGUCAAUAGCCGUUAUUUACGGGUUGAAGGCUCUACCUUAGACUGCACCAGUUUUUCGCCAUUUUUGAAUGUUUAUAGCUAUUAAGCGGUUUGGGCAAACAAUGAUGGCUCCUCGUGAGUCUGUUUGGAUAUCACGGGUCUGUUGAUAUUUUUAACGCCCGAUCCGAGCCAGCAUUGUUCAAUGAUAAAAUCUUAAUACUUUUUGUGAUAGUAUAUUAGUUGUAUUUUUUCCUUUUUAGCAGAAAGGCCGAUAAGCGCGUUGAGUUUAUUGUCCAUUAAUUGAUUCUUUGUUUCCCACCGAAAUGGGUGAAAAAGCGUUGGCGGCUUUGACAACUGAAGAUAAGUUUGUUUUACCUUCGGAAAUAAAAACAAUUAGAUCUCAAGCGAAUCGGCCAAAGAGGUCGCACUCUUCUCUGAAGCCGCGAGAAAGAAGUGUCUUGUCGUGGACGUGUUUUCUGUUACAACACUGUCAUAACCCGACUUCCUUUUAACGGAGGGCGAAGACCGGCUAUCCGCAAAGAACGAACACCAAAAUGGCAGGAAAAAAGAGCCGCGACAGAGAAAAAAAAUGGCUGGUUUAGUUUUCUUAAAGGGGAUUACUAAGUGAGAUAAGAGAAGAGCUCAAUUUAUAGAAAGAAAAUGAAUUGAUGGUGUCACUCAGUUUUCUCGUGUCGUGUCCAGUUGAAGGGUACACAGAGCAUUCAUUGUUAUUUCUUGGUCGGUGAGGUCACUUUUUUCCGGCUAUGCAAUACUGAUCUGCCGUAUUUAUUUCUUUCAUCUUAGCGGCAAACAUAAGCCUUUUAGUGUACUUCUCGCAGAUUUUGCAGAAAAAAAACGGGUUUAAAGAUGUAUUAUUUUAAAAAGCUCUUGGGGCCGGAUUUCAAAGUAUAUGGCUAGUCCAAACAAUUAUUCACCAAACUUUUCAAAUCGUGUUCCUAAUAACGUCCUGUAUGGGGUAAAAGACAAGGGGAUAGAUAGGUUUAUCAUAAGUUGUUAACGAGUACAGUAACAUAAAAAUUGUUAAAGUUGAUUGUUUACAUCGUAAAUCGAGCCUGACGAAAUUUCGUGACAGAUAAAUGAUGCCAAAAAUAGAAAGAGAAGAUGAUAAAGUUGCUGAUAGGAAGGUAUUCGUCCUUGUCACUUAACAUUUUUACUAGUUCAAAUUUAGUUCAAGCCAUUUGACACGUUUGUACUUUGUAGCCCAAAAGAAUAUACGAGAGCUAUCGUUGGUCUUUUUUUAAACUUUUUUCGUUUUAUUUGGUUUAAAAGUUGGGUAAGGAGAUACGACGCCAUCUUGGUUCAUUUUUUUGAUGGGGAUUUAGCAGUAAAGCGCUUAAUAUAUUCCGAAUUAAAGUGAAACGUAAAGAGUGUCUUGUCGACUUUUGCCUACCAGAAAGAAAAUGUUUCAUCCUCUUUAAGAUCUGAGAGAAAAAGAGGCAGUCAAAAAUAACUAGCAUGUGGAAAGAUCCUUUAAUACACAAAUUUCCCUCGAACUUGGAGAGCUUUAAUACUACUGAGACUGUAGAGAGUGAGUUUUUAACACAGUUCUUCUUAGGAUGUCUCUAUUGGAGAACGUGAGUAACCUCUGAAAUUCCGAGGAACCACGUUACGGCCAUUUGACAUUUUUCUCAUUUGUAUCAUAGUAGCUAUUCAUCUAUCAAACUGAGAAUUUAGGCCAGAAGUAUAAAUAGAUUUUAAAAUAGAAGUUCUAGUAAUGACUCUGUAAAGAGGAUUUCCCAAAUCUUUCGUCUGAUGAUACAAAGUACCGGUACCAAUCUCUCUCCAUAUUAAGUUUCUUUCUGCAGGGGUUCGGAUGAGAAUGGUGUUUUUCAAUCCUGAGAAUUAAACACUGCAUCACUCACUCAACAGCGAAGAGUAUAUAAUGACGCCAUUUACUGUAACUUAAAUCAGGAAAACUUAAAAUUCUUGCUCCUGUUGAUAGCCGGCUCGGAGAAUGUCCUUAUUUCAUCGAAGGAAUGCGUAGGCAUAGCUCACGAAUCAUCGAUUGAAACAGUUAAAAGACCCGGGCGGGUUACAUAAGGAUUAGGGUGAAGUGUAUCUAAAGGUUUCAAAAAUCUUUUUUGAUUGCUUGAUGAGAAACACCCAACAGAUUUAAACAUAGUUACUUUUUUAGGUAGAAAUUUGGAAAAAAUUAUUCUCUUCUGCUUGAUAUCAGAAAAAAUACAAUUAAUAUUUAGAGAUCGAUUAUACUAAAAGCCGUACAUACUUAAAAAGCGGCUUGUUGGCCAUACACGAUAGACUCGGUCACAAAGUUGACAAACAACUUCAACAGAAGCUUCUGGAAUCCUUGACAACUUUUUGAAUUACGAUAGGAGAAUUAAAGGCCCUGUUUAGAUUAGAUUGUGACUUAAUUGGCCCUAAAAACCCAAUUGUGAUCGGCGAAGUUGAUCUAAAACGAGUUAAAAAUUUUCUCCGAUUACAGCACUACUUGAUAGUUCCUCGUGUUUUUUACUGCGUUCAGAGUUAAAGUUCAAUUAUUAUUUCCUUGCUUUCUAUCAUCGAUUAAUAAAAAAGAUCUAACUUGCGCACAUUUUAGGCCGGAACUAAUGGGUCGUGUUUAGAAUCAAGAGUGAUAGACGAAAAUGACACAAGAGGGCAACAAACUUAUCAUCAUAAAGGGCUAAGCGUGACCCCAAGCUUGCCGAGUUUACGUCUGGUCCACGUGCUCGGGGACUGAUAUCUGUUUUCACGUCAUCAAGACCCAUCAAUAACACCGACCAUUAAUAUCAUAUCGGAAAGAUGAUAAACAAAAGCACGAGCCACCGACAAAACAAACUGACAGUGUCGUAAAAGUUAUUGACAGAGUAUAGGAGGGAUUCUGGGACGCCGCUUUGUCCACUCUCGCCUGGUAAAAACGAACGAAAACAGUUAAAACCACUGAAAUAACAUUGCGUCAACCGUUGUAGUGAUCAGAAAAGGUUUAUGCAGUUCCUAAGUCGAUCUGACCAAUCAGAACAGGUGUAGUUACAUUUCAAUGAACCAACAGAACCUGGUCCCAGGCGCAAGCGCGGGAAAAAGCUGGUGCAGAAGGUCCAGAAUAGUCGCUUGGUUUUGUUUUCACUUCUGAUUGGCUGACAAAUUGGUGUAUUUAUAUCUGUGUAACCAAUCAUGGCAAAGCAAAGCUCUCACAGCUGCUUCACUUCAAACACUAUUUUGUUUCCAAAAACAUACAAUUGUUUUGUUGGCUGAGCAUUUCUCGAGCUUUUGGCAGCAAUACAGUUCUUACACAAGAUGUCUGACCUUUCUAAAAGGCAAGUCUGCUCUCUAAGGGACUUGCUGAUUCCGGUUCAAUCUCUUUUGACUGUGUUGAAACAUAACUACGUCACAGUAUGUAUGAACUUCCCACUAUCACUUGACUGACAGAGAGAAUACGUCUUCUCCUAAGUCCUUAGUCCCUAUUUUUAAGACUGUUCAAUUUCGUUGCGCAAAAGAUGAUUUACAGCCAUAUUUGCUUACGUUUGUAAAGCAAAAUUGUUUUGUAAAAUGGCUGGCACAAUGCCAUAUAAGUCACUUGUAGCGUUCAAAUCAUGAGAGCUCAACUACGCAUGCUUUGUCUCCAUAGGGAAGCGAGAUUGUGAGGUAAGCAAAUGGUCAGAUUGGGGUCCCUGCGAGCCGACAUGCGGUGUAGGUGUUAGUAAGAGAACUCGUACCGUCAUUUUCGUGCCAUUGAACGGAGGCAAGGAAUGUCCACCACUUACAGAAAAGAAAGGAUGCCUCAACAAGAUUUGUGGAAGGGAGGCUGGUAAGAACCACUGGGAUUUCUUUCAGAUCACGUGACGUUUUCGCCUAGUGUUACUAUAAUCUCUCGGGAGACUGCGACAAUCGCAACGAUGUAGUUUUUUAUUCGCGAAUAAUCUACAUUAGCCCCUCAAAUGUCAAAUAUGUAGAAUUGUGCGCCUUUUAGAAAACAUGAAAAAAAGGUUAUAAAUUUGUGAGAAAUGAAGACACGUUAAUUUAUAGGGUGAAAUAACAAGAAAGAAGAUCGUUUGACUAGAGCUUUGAAUUCUUGGUAGAGAAACCUUAAGUUUAGGAAAAGAACCAUACACAGACUAACAUGUUAUAACUACAAAGUUUAUGUAUAGUACCUUGUGAAAGUUCACACCACUGGGAUUCAUUCUCGGACUCAAUAAACAGUACCUUGUGGAAGCACAGUUGAGAGAAGCUUUCAUUCGCAUUUUCAUGAUCGUACGACGGGAUUUUGUGUAAAGAUGCACAUUUAGAACCAUACAUUUCCUCUUGGUUUUUUCAGGUUUAGCGCGCAUUCUGCCUCACAAGUACGAGAAAGAUCGGGGGAUCUCAAAGUGGAAAAGCAUCAAACCAGCAUCGAAACAAGUUAAGACAGAGAAACCAAAAAGGUAGUAUUCUCUCGUACCAGUAGUAGUUUUUCGCGUGCUCGUUCUGCAUGCACGCAUGUAAUUAGAGCUCAUUUUCGAUGGGAGCGCCGGUCUGCAGGCUCUCAGAUAUUGGUCUGCCGAGCGGGAUGAGAUGGGUUCAAACCCCGUCCGCAAAAAAGAACCCACAAUGCAGUUCUAAAAGAGUAGGAGAUUUAGACCCCGGUGUUGUGGUCUAUCUCUCAUGGAGGGAGAGGAGAGAGGGGACUGUUAGACCCUUUGAUGCUGAAUAUGACGUCAUCGCCAUCGUCCUCAUCAUUAUCACUUUUAUUUGUACACGGUAAAAACAAUCAAGCUAAAUAUACAAUAUGCAAUAUCCUAAAAAUGUUUACAAACUAUAGAAUUAACGGUAAUAGCAUUUACAAAGAUGAAUGUUAAAAUAAAUAAAUAAAUAAAAUUCAUUUAUAAAAUUAAAGCCUGUUUUCCAUGAAUGCCGUGUUCGAGCUAGAAGUUAACAGUUUCCGAAAGCCAGUCAAAGAUUUUGCUUGUCUUACAUCAGUAGGCAAAUUGUUCGUCAGAACGGCUCCGCUGUAGCAGAAGCUGUUUCUAUAGUAACUGGUUCGUGGCAAGGGAAGAGCAAGCUUGUUUUCAGAAUCUCUAAGGUUAUAAGACAAUGUUAUAUGACAAAGUUUUUUUUUCCCACAGACCGAGCUACUGUGUUAACUACAAGGUAUUCUUCAAACACCCUCAUUGCAAGAAUACCUGGGCAGACCAACUCGACCCACAGAAGCCAAUCUGUGUGGAAUGUCAGGAUCACACUAUGAACAGACACGGCAAAUGCAAGGGAGAAGGGAUUAGUGCCGAAAUAACUCUCUGGGAGGGGGUGGACCUGCGGAGUUGUUACGGUGGUUGGAUGAAACUUGGACCGAGGAUCCCCAACUGUAAAUGUGAAAACGAAGAAUUUAACAACUUUAUAUUUGUAUAAAGUCAGUUAAAAUAACGAUUUAGCUUUUAUUUCUUUUGCUGUGUUUAAAUCAUUCCUCGUCGUUAAAAGGAUGUUACUUGACUCAGGUUCAUUGAAUAUGUCUUGGUACAAUUCCGUAUCUAUUGCUUAUAUUUACUCAUAAAUAACUCAGCGAUAUUCAGUUGAUCUGAGCGAAUAAUAUUGUAUAGUUUCAUUUUUGUAGCUAAGCAUAUAAGUGAUAAAAAAUAACUUGUUUUCGCAUAACUCACUCUCAGCUUACAUCUUCCACGGCUUGUGCAAAAUAAUAUGUCGCUAUCUUUUUAUCACAUUUUAGUAGCUUCAUACGAGACUUUUUGCAUAUGCUUAAAGAGGAAAUGAAAAAUGGGAAAGACUAAUUAAUGUGACAACCCAUUUUGCAAUAUGCACUAACACAAUUUAGUCUAUCUCACUUUCUUAAAGACUGAAUCAUUGGAUAACGCAAUACUAGAGCUCGGAUUGGCUUAGCCAUCACGGAAUAUUCAACAAUUAUUCCUCGAGCCCGAAGGGGCUCUAAGUCAAUAGCCUAUGAGGCCGAAGGCCGCAUGAGCUUUUGGCUCAGACUGAGGCCCAUGAGGGCGAGAGGAAUAAUUGUUUUAGUACAAUUUGAACUAGUUUUUCAAAAAUAUCGAGAAUAAAAAACUUUUAGCUAGUUAAAGCUAGACUUUGAUCCUUUUUUGCUGCCAAAAAGCCCACGCUUUUCGCUACUAGUGGGCUAUAACAUAUAGCCUAGUAGUAGCUCAACCAAUCAGAACGCAGCAUUGAUAAUAGACCACUAGUUGGAUUUUACUAACAGCCAUUAUACCAGGCUCUCCAAGGUAACUGUAGCGUCUGCUCGAAAUUGAAAACAAGCUGAAAAUCGGUUAUUUUUACAAAUAAAGUAGGGAAGAAUUCUCGAUAUUCUUUGGGCGUUUUUAAUAAAAUAAUUAUUCCACUCGCGCUUGUUGGAUAUGAGAUGAUUAUAACCAACUCGGCGCUACGUGUCUCAUUGGCUAUGACCAUCUCAUAUCCAACGCGCACUCGUGGAAUAAUUGUUAAUUAGUUUAUCUUAAAGGUUUCUAAGAUUGAUAAGAUUAACCUAAGUGCUAUUAGAUGUUCCUUUACUCUCUCUUGACACACACUUCCAUUAAUUGGUUUGAGUUGACAAUGACAUUCAGUUCAGAGUAAUUUAAUGAUAGCUUCUUCUCUGGUAAGUAGAGGUAUACGUAAAGAAAAAAUGGGAGGGAUAAUGGAAAGGGUUAG